GAUGUGUCCCUAAGCAACGAGUUUGUUUAAGCUACCGACAUCACAAGUGUAAACAGUACGAGUGUGUGACAUCUCGUGGUGAUUGUAACGAGCUCCCCGUCUCAUUAGUGUGUGAUACAGAAAACACUGAGCAUAAGAAUAUGUGUUGGUUGUUAAAAAAGGGCAAGGUUAUGGCUUAUCAUGGAAGGUGUUUGGACCAUUGCAGUAGUUGGGGUUCAGUGUGUGGACACAGUGGACAGACAUAUCCGAGUGAAUGUGCAGCUUUAGCUGAUCGCUCUACGGUAGACUAUACUGGUCCUUGCGUAGCCGUUGGAACAUUCCUACGAAUUGAAAAUACUAGAAGUUUCGGGUGUAGCGGUGUGCGUUGUCCUCCAUUGCCAUCACCACACUGUUCUAAUGCUAUACCACCAGGGGCUUGCUGUCCUGUCUGUGGAGCGGUUGUAACGUUUCUUUUUAGCCGACACCAGGCGGACAUGAUCGCCAGCGCCGUGCAAGAUGUUGACCCCGUUGUUGUGCAGACCAUCGCCGAGAAACUACGAGAUUAUGUGAAAGUAACAGAGUGUGAUGUCUUCUCCUAUCUUAGCCUAGAGUCUGAAGUGGUUGUCAUAGUAAACCCAAUUAUCUCAACUCCCACCCCUCUUCAAGUUAAAGCCUGUGUGAGAGAGGCUAAAAAAAUCAAGACUUUGGUAGAAAUGAGCAGUCCUGCCAUCUUAACUGACCUCUCUCUAUCUCUUUUUCUUGCUGCAUCUCUGGAAAGUCCUCUUACGGAGAGAGUUACAUCUAGUGCUCCAGCACCUGCUCCUGUUAUCGUUCCUGGUUUCACACUAGUCAUCCUGUUUUUUUGGUCACUAUUAGAAAAAAGGCUGCUGUCCUGACAGCUGCCAAACCAACACGGGUAUCAAUGACUUGUGAUCCUCUUGGAAAGUGGAGUUUUACACUUUGUCAAAAGAAGAAGUAAUCAGUGAUUAUUUUCUUAAGGGAGAUAUCGGUAAGAAAAAGAGUAAACUCGCAAUAACUUCUAAGUAAAUAUGUCUGCAUAUGUGAUCUGUAUUUAUAGGUAACUGAGAACAACCUCGAAUGAUUUCAAUUUAAACAAGGUAGAUUGAUUUCGUUUACGUCCAAGUUGACAACUUGCCAUCUUUUUGCACAACUUAACCGCACCAAUUCGAGAACUGAGGUACACACACACAUAUAUGUAUAAGUAAUUAAUAAUGACAUUCAGAUUUGUGAAACUGUUUUUAGUUGAUUGGUUUCGAUUUGUGUCACCAGUUACACGUGCUUAAUAAUAAUUUUUUUUUUCUUCGUGGCUGUUUUUCUACCAAUUUGAUAUAUAUUCUUACUAAGUACUCAAACAUAAUAUCAAUUAAGAUUGUUAUUCUAAAUUAAUAUCUUCUUAAUAUUUCUCUAUACCGUUGGAUAAAACGAAUCAAGAUUUAUUCUUUUGAUAAACUUUCUUUUUAAGAACUGAGUCAGUUAACUGCUCUUAAUAUUUAUUCCGGAUGAUUUUCUGAAGAACAUAUUUACUAAGGUUAUUUGAGAUAAUGGUGUUUUUAAAUAUUUUUGUGACAUUAUUUUAAAUAGUAUUUCUAAAGUCAAUUUAGGAUUCAUUUCAGAUGCUAAUAUUAAACAUAUUCAAGUACAUAAUAUCAGAUCCAGAUGUGGUCGAGUAGUGAACGGUCCAGCUGCCGCAAAAUCACUCUCCGCAUAUUUGAGCUGUAGGUGCGUUAUAAAGGUGACUAUCAAAUCCCAUUAAUCGUGUAGAAUAUGCCAAGAGUUAUCGGUGAGUGCUGUUGACUAACUAGCUGCCUUUCCUCUAGUCUGUCAGAUGACUAACGUAGAUAGGCCUUGUGUAGCUUUGUGCAAAUAUCCGAAAAAAAUAUGUUCAAGCACUAUUAUUAAAACAUAUUCAAGUAUCUAAUCUUAAACUAUUGUAAAACACAUUGAACCUCAUAAUUUUAAACAUUAUUAUCAAAUAUGUUCAAUCGUUCAUGUACAUAAAAGAUUCCGAUACUUUUACUAUACGUUGUUAAAACUAUUCCAACAUUUUGGAACAUGUUUAAGUGUAUUGUUUACGGCUACUGUGUCGACAAAAGAUAAUGAAGUACGUUAUUUAAAACUCAAUAGCUUUAAUUAAAGUUUUACUUGAACGUUGAAUCAUCAGACUUGUUUUACUAGUCACGAUGUACUGUGAUUAGUUUUGUACAAAAAAAAAGUUCAGUUACAUCCAGUUAUCUUUAGUGAAUUGACAUUAAUAAUUAAAGAAUUAUCUACGAACUAGUUAACGACGAAUGAGUAAUAUUUUUUCUUUACUCUAAAGGUCUGUAAAUGCAAAUUAUCAUUAGGAACUAGAGGAAGACGUUUUUCUUAAAUAUUUGAAAUAUUAAUGUUUUGAAAACUAAUACGAGUAAACGGAAUUCUAACUUGCAUCGUAAGUUGACAGAUCGUAUUGUAAACCAAUAUACUUCCCCGGUGGAUCAGCUAAAAUUCGGGUUUCGUUACCAGCGGUGAACAGAGCACAGAUAGCCCAUUGUGUAGCUUUGUGUUUAAUAAUAAAUAUAGAAAACAAACCAGCCGAUGUAGAGUAUCUGAUACCUUAGGACCUAUCUCGUAGUCUAUCAAAUCUUGUUACAAACAGAGAUAAGAUAGCUGCACUUUAGAUCCUAUCUUAUAGUCUAUCAAAUCUUGUUACAAACAGAGAUAAGAUAGCUAGCACUUUAGAUCCUAUCUUAUAGUCUAUCAAAUCUUGUUACAAACAGAGAUAAGAUAGCUGGCACUUUAGAUCCUAUCUCCUAGUCUACGAAACCUUCUUAAAAAUUGAUAUAAGGUAGCCGGUACUUUAGAUCCUGUCUCAUAGUCUACCGAACCUACUUACAAAUUGAUAUAAGGUAGCCAGUACUUUAUAUCCUAUCUCAUAGUCUACCGAACCUACUUACAAAUUGAUAUAAGGUAGCCGGUACUUUAGAUCCUAUCUUAUAGUUUACUAAAUCUUGUUACAAAGUGACACAAGGUAGUUGGUACUUUAGAUCCUAUUUGGUAGUCUACUAAAUCUUUUUACAACCUAAGAUAAAGUACCUGGUACUCUAUAUCCUCUCUUGUAGCCUACUAAAUUUAUUUUUUUUAAAUAUGCUCUAUGGUAAAACAGUACUCUGACUCUAAGAACUUUGUUUUUAAUAUUUGCUUGUAAACUCCAUAUAAUAAUUAUUUUUUAACGUGGAGUGAAAACAUUUUGCAACUGUACGUUUCUAUAGAAAAGUAUUUACUUGAUUCAGGAAUCAUCAUUUGAACGUUUUACAACGUUGUAACGUAUAAUUAUGAUGUAUAUAUUUUAUUUUAGAGCUGCAUCAAUUUUGUAAAGUUUGCAUGACUCGUUUAACGCAUGUGUUUUAGUGUAUAUUUUUAUUUAUUAUAAAAUAUUAAAUUUAAGAUCUGAAUAUUUUCUUUUAAAGGUUAUUCUAAAAUUCAGAGAGUAUUGUAGAAAACUAAUUCCAUUAUAAUAUAUUUUAAGUGCCCUCCCGAUGGCUCAGCGUUAAGCUUCGAGGGUUAUAUAAACGCUAUAAUUCGGGAAUCGAUCUCUACGUCGGACACACCACAGCUAGCCGAUUAUGCUGUUUUGCGCUAAAAAACACCCCUAAAAAUAGCGUUUUACAUACCGAAUUUUAAUUAUAUUAGUUAAAACACCCCCUUCAGUCAUAACUAAAUAUUUCAAAUAUUUUCUCUUUUAAUUUUGUAUAUACAUUUCAUUAUUAUGGGUUAGUGUUUGAAUAGGAAAUAAAAACGUGAGCAAAAAAUGUUAAAGAUAUGUGUUUUGGAAUUUUGUUUUCUUCUCUAAGCCUAUUGUACUCCUUACUUUGUUUUUUGUAGAAAAAAAUCGAACUCGUAUUGUAUCUUACCUGUCAUUGGCAGAAAUAACAUUUACAUAGAAGUGUGUUCAACGAUAGCAUUAAGUUAAUUCUUUAAAUUAAGAAGGAAACUUUUUUCCAAAAAUACAAACGUCUUGGUGCGUUAUUUUUCUUUCAGUAGUUUCUCAAAUGCAACAUCUAUUGCGUACUUUAUUGUGUAGUAAAAUGUGUUGUAUUUGACUUUAAUAACCGUGUUUUAAAACAGUAAAUGCCUCGGUUAUAAAAAUAAAUAUUUUGUCAUGCGAGAUAUCUGUCAAUGGAAGUUGGCAUCUUAUAACACUUCAUUAUACUGAGAAUAAAGCUCGCAUGAAUAAACGAUGUUGGAUUCGUAUUGUUACCGUUAAAAAAAAAUUGUGUAUAAAAGUAAAGACCCAAAGAAAAUUUGUCAGUGUUUUAUGUAUUUAAGAACUAGAUAUUCUCGUCGUGAAAAAACAAAAACUUGCAAAUCUUGAAGUUUUAAUUAGUGAAUGUUGUUUAUUUUGUCUCUCGUACUUUGUAAAUGUUCAGUGUUAAAAGUAAAAAGAUACUGAAAUGUAGUGGCUUUCUAAUAUCACGUACACUAGUUGCUUGUUAAGUAAUUAUUUAGCUCUGACUUGAAAACAAGAUUAAUAAGUUUCUUUCAUGUUUUUUUUUUUUCUCAGGGCGAUAGUGUUUAAUAAGAUUUGUCUAACAAUAAAAAACUACAUUGUUGAAAAAAAAACUGCGUACCGCUGCAGAAAAGUACCAGAUUAUUUCCCAAAGUUCCCUAAAAAACUACAUUGUUGAAAAAAACUGCGUGCCGUUGCAGAAAAGUACCAGAUUAUUUCCCAAAGUUCCCUAAAAACUACAUUGUUGAAAAAAACUGCGUACCGCUGCAGAAAAGUACCGGAUUAUUUCCCAAAGUUCCCUAAAAACUACAAAAAAUGUUCAGUUCUUUAAAUGAGGCCCCUUAAAAUAAGGAACUUUAGAAAAAAAAAGUUCCCGAAAAAGUUAUACCGAUACAUUUUCCUUAGUUUCACAGGUUUUUAUGCAGUGUAUAAGAAGACUUUUUAUUAGAAUUAAUUAUUUCAACAAAACUUGUAGUUAGUUGUUUUGUUUUUGGUUUUAGUCACUAA